GGUAUGAAACGGAAGAGGUGCGAAUAAAUGUCGUAGAAGAAGAAACUGUUCCUUAAUCAACGUCACAUCCGCUGACCGCAGUUGAAGGUGAUCAAGACAAAGCCUUACUUUCAUCAAUGCUGCGCCUCAUCUCCGCAUCACUGUGCCUUCAGUGCCACCGUGUGACAUAUUUAUCUUCAACCUUCAGACCAUGUGGGACACUCAGCUCAGCAGAGAACCAGCAAACUGUGGAGGCUCUGUAUGGCCUUUCUGUCGACAUCCAAAAGGUGAGAAAGCUUAAAGGAUGGGUCCUGCAACAGAGCCCAUCUUACACAAAGGAGGUUGCAGACUUAUUGAAGGACCUGGGUGCCUCAGGGACCAUAAUUUCUCAGAUUUUAACGGUUUACCCUGAGGCUGUACUCUGCAAUCCAGACCAAACACUUGCACAGAAAGUGCUCUGGCUGUCAGUGUGUCCCAACCAGAAAGAGCUGGUUGGUAUCAUCGAGAAAUUCCCAGCCUCCUUUUUCACGUCCUCAAGUCACCAUGACAACCAGCGCAACAACAUCACUUACCUUCAAAGCUUAAACCUCAACAAGCGUAUGAUAACCAAGCUCAUGGCCAGUGCCCCGCAGAGCUUCAGUCGUCCAGUAGAGCAGAACAAGGAGAUGGUUCACAGCCUCCAGCAGACCUACCAGGACCUCGGAGGAGAUGAGGCCAACAUGAAGAUCUGGCUUCAGAAGCUGUUGAGCCAGAACCCCUUUGUACUCCUGAAACCACCCGAAGUCCUUAGACAGAAUAUGCUCUUCCUGCAAGACAGAGGUUUCAGCACAGCGGAGCUCCUCUACCUGCUCUCCAAACUGAAGGGCUUUGUUAUUGAGCUGAACCCGGACAGCAUGCGCCAUACCCUGAACUACUCUCAGGACACCUUGGGGUGCUCGGAGACAGAGCUGCGAGACAUCAUUGUCCGCUGUCCAGCGUUACUCUACUACCCUGAAGAUAUUCUGGCUGAACGCUUCCAAGGGCUCCUCCGCGCCGGAAUCAGUAUGCAUCAAAUUACGCAAACCCCGACUGUGCUGGAACUGACUACACAAAUUGUUAAUUAUCGCAUCCAGAGACUGAAGUCACGCGGUUACGAUGUAAGGACUGCUAGCCUGGAUGUUCUUAAUGGUACAAAGAAGGACUUUGAGGUGAAUUAUGGGAAACUUCAGCUAUGCAGACAGCGACCUCUUUUUAACCCCGUUGCUCCUUUAAAAGGAGAUGACUAACAAACAUUUAACAGACAUUUGCUAUACCAGCCUCUGACACCGUCAGAAAGGUAUUCGUUGAACAACAGGUUUAGUUCUGGAGUUGGGUAAGAGGUGCAAAUAAAAGUGCACAAAUUGUGGCCCCUUCAUGAAACCAAAUAAGCUUGAAAAAAAAGAGAAUAAUUUAAAACCUUGUUUACCAUUCUUUGAAACUCGGUCUUCCUCAAAGUGCUGUAUCUUAAACGUGAGUUACACUUGAAAAAAAUUAAACUUGGAACACUUUGAUCUGUUCUACAGUAAUGUAAUUCUAAAGUUGUCUCAGUACCUUAUUUAGUCCUAGCCAUGGGAUGUUUGCAACACAAUGUGAGCUUGAGAAUGACUGACCUUUAAGAUGCAAAGAACAUAUCAUGAGAGGAUUGUGGAAAAACAAGUGGGCAAACAUAUUGGGACAACUGCCUGUAUUUACUAGUCAAUAGUACAAAAGAAUAUUGUACUGUGUGCUCUUCAGCAAGCUCCCUACCAUCUUAGUUCAGGGCUGCAGGCCCUUCAUUUGCAUCGCAUAUAAUGAGCGUCAAUUCAAUUUCCCCAUGAACCAUUAAAAUGAGUCCAAUUGAAAAAA